CACUGCAGCCGCAGCCCCCGAUGUGGCCGCAGUGAUCGCCGCCGCCGCCGCGCGCACCCUCGGCGGCCGCAGCAUCCGCCCCGCAGAGCCCGCCGGAGCCCGCCGCCCCGCAGGAUGGCCGUCGCUCCUCCAAGUUACUGUUUUGUGGCCUUCCCACCACGUGCUAAGGACGGUCUGGUGGUGUUUGGGAAAAAUUCGGCCCGGCCCAGGGAUGAAGUACAGGAGGUCAUGUAUUUCUCGGCUGCGGAUCAUGAACCCGAGAGCAAGGUCGAGUGCACUUACAUUUCAAUCGACCAAGUCCCUAGGACCCAUGCCAUUGUGAUAAGCAGACCUGCCUGGCUUUGGGGGGCAGAAAUGGGAGCCAACGAGCAUGGAGUGUGCAUAGCCAAUGAAGCCAUCAAUGCCAGAGAACCAGCCGCUGAGACGGAAGCCUUACUGGGGAUGGAUCUGGUCAGGCUUGGUUUAGAAAGAGGGACAACAGCUAAAGAAGCCUUAGAUGUCAUCGUCGCCUUGUUGGAGGAACAUGGACAAGGUGGAAAUUACUAUGAAGAUGCAGACUCCUGCCACAGCUUCCAAAGCGCAUAUCUGAUUGUGGAUCGUGAGGAGGCCUGGGUGCUGGAGACCGUGGGGAAGUACUGGGCUGCCGAGCAGAUCACAGAAGGAGUGAAGUGCAUUUGCAAUCAGCUUUCACUCACCACGAAGAUCGAUGCAGAGCACCCUGAACUCAGGAGUUAUGCUCAGAGUCAAGGCUGGUGGACAGGAGAGGACGAGUUCAAUUUUUCCCAAGUUUUCUCUCUGGCUGAUGACCAUCUAGACUGCUGUGCAGGCAAAGACAGCUUAGAAAAGAAAGAAGAAAGCAUCACUGUGCAGACUAUGAUUGACAUCUUACGGGACAAAGCCAGUGGAGUCUGUAUAGACUCUGAGUCUUUCCUCACCACAGCCAGUGUAGUGUCUGUUCUGCCUCAGAACAGAAGCUCGCCAUGCAUUCACUACUUCACUGGGACCCCAGAUCCUUCCAGGUCCAUAUUCAAGCCUUUCAUCUUUGUUGAUGAUGUAAAACUGGUCCCCAAAGCACAGUCUCCUUGCUUUGGGGACAACGACCCUGCCAAAAAGGAGCCUCGGUUCCUGGAGAAGCCGGACCGCCGGCAUGAGCUGUACAAGGCCCACGAGUGGGCACGUGCUGUCAUCGAAAGUGACCAGGAGCAAGGUCGCAAGCUGAGAAAGACCAUGCUGGAACUAGAGAAGCAAGGCCUGGAAGCCAUGGAAGAAAUCCUGACCAGCUCUGACCCCCUGGACCCCACCGAAGUGGGGGAUCUUUUCUAUGACUGUGUUGACACGGAGAUUAAGUUCUUUAAGUGAAGUAAGCAUUCCCUUUCCCCUUCUUAUUUAAACUUUCCCACCUUACUAAAUGACCAGCAAAACAAACCACUCUCCUGUUUGAGUAGAACGAGAAAGUUCAGAUGUGUCAAAGUCACACCCGUGUUCUGCCCCGAAGCUCAGCAACGUCCCCUCCUUCUACAACGUAGCUUCCCUUCUUUUGCGAUGUAACGCGUAUCCAUUUGCCUGUCGUUCGAUCGUAUGACUAAUUGUGGAUUUUCAGCUGCUCUCAUUGUAUCUCGGUGACAGUGGACACAUUAGCCUUCUCACGGAGGACGAGGUUCCUCGGGCCUUGAAAGGGGGCUCCCCGGCGCUGAGUGUGCAGGAAGAGCAAAAUCUUUUGAAGUCUUAUUCCUUCUCUCAAUUGACGGUUUCUCCCAGGCUCCCGAAGGGCCCAGCGCUGUUGUGUGUGUGCUUGAGGGAGAAGCUGCCCGGUCCCCCCUUCCCACGGUGCGUGCCUGUCCUGCAGAAUGUCCCCAGAAGUGUCUGCUGAGGGUCGAAGCCAGUGGGGAGGGCCAGGGUGGGGGGGCUCUGUGGUCCCAGCUCCUCCCGAGUCCGUGAUCCUAAAGAGCCUGUCUUCUGCACACUGCGCUCGCCUGCAGUGGGGGGCUGGGGUUGGAGUUGGGGGGCGAGGAGGGCUGGGGUAGCUGGAACCGCCCGCCCUAGAGAUGCGGAGGCAGCCAGGCCCGCGGCCUCCCCACGGCCUCCCCCGGCCUCCCCGCCUGGCUCUCCCCAGAGGCCUGAGGCGCUCCCCGCGGGGCAGCCUGCCCACCCCUUAGAGGUGGCCUGUGUCGGGACGAUUUCGAGGGCCAUCUGCUUCCUUCAGGAUUCAUUAAACGGCCCGAUGGCCUAGUUGCACCCCCCCACCCCCGGCGCCACCAAAGCUGCGAAUUUCUCCAGGGAAAGAAAAGGAGAAACCCUUGACCGGUUCGAUUUCAAAGUCGCCGGAAUCGGGGCGGCGGCUACAUCAUCUCAGCAGAGGCUUUCAUUAAACUGAUUUGUUUCCCACGUCGGUUCGCGCGGAGGAUUUGACUGGCGGCCUGAGCGUGGAAGGAGCGCGCGAGGAGGAGCAGAUGGCCCGGCGCCGGGGACACAGGGCAAGGAGGUGACAGAUGGGCGCAGGAGCUCCCGCGCGGUGGCUGCAGCCCCAGGCCUCCUGCCCGCGUGCUCUGCCCUCCGAGCCGCGCGGCCUGUGGUGAGCGGCGACAGUCCUCCAGGGGCCCGCGGGCAGCGACUGCACCGACGGCGGGGCACGACCGGCCUCCAGGGCCAGGAGGGACGCGGCCGCACACCCAGGGGUGGGCGCGGAGGGCCACGGGGCCUGUCGGGACACACCGUGUCCUGCCGACGUCCCCUACCAGCGUGGGCACGAGAGAGCCACGAGCCUCGUCCUGCAGUCUUGUAGGUUCUGUGUGUAAAAUCACAAACGACAGGUGGAAGGAGAUGGGGAGGAGGCUUGGGCCUCCCAUCCAGGGCCCAUCCAGGGCUCUCGCCGUCGUUGAGCAUAGGGUCUCCUCGGAGAGGCAACGGCCGUUCUCAGAGCAUCUGUUUGCAGAUGCUGAGGGGGUGGGGCGAGUCUUACCUCACCCCUUCUCCGUCCACCUGCUUGCUGGUUAAGGCAAGCUGAUGUGGAAAGCCACCCUAAAAUUUCACCUAUAGUAGGUGGUUUUACCUCCACCUACUAUAGAAACAUUGUGUCAGACCUGACAGGCCUGAGAUACCCAAGGCGAUGGGGGGGCGUUUUACCAAGAGAAGUCUAGUGAGAAUUAAUUACACAGACGUCUGCUUUCAUUAUUUUGGGCCAAAUGAAGGCCCUGGAUAACCCAUCCAGCCGAUGCCCUUCCCUAGCCACUGCGAAGAGGGAAGUACAAUGGCGACUUCUGUUAGGGGACAUAUGUCCAGCGUCUCAAAGAAGGGCCAGCCCUACAGGAGAAAGGUCUUGGCCGACGCUGUACGUCACAAUUGUGAUGUCCCCGUGUUACCACCAGGGGGCGUGUCAGCCCUCCAUGGCGCAGCCUGGCAGGUGUUAAAUGGGACUGGGAUGCUUCCAUCAGGCACAGAGGGGAAGUCUGGGCACAGUCAAGCCCUCAAUAAUAGCAGCAUGAACUCUCUGUGCACUGGGAGUUGCGAGGAAAGUCAAGAAGAGAGUAAGGAAUCUGCUGAUGUGGCCGCGCUCUCUGCGAGUGACUUUUAUCUACUUAGGUCAACUGCUUAAAAUACGUGGUUGGAUUUUGAGCAGGCUGUUGGGGAGAUGCUCCUUUUUAAAUGCUCCUAACAGACCCUGCUUUCGAAAAAUGCUUAUCAAUACAUGGAUUAAUUCUUGACCAGGGAUCGCUUUUCUAAAGGCAUUAUGGGGAAAAUGAAUAUUCAUGAUGAACUAUGAAAGCAGCGUUUUAACGGUCAGUGUGUAAAUAGCUUCCUGAAAUACCAUUUGUGUAUCCAUUAAGAUUUGGAUGGGGGAGCUGUGCAUGCUUUGUGCAGAAAGAAGACAUGGCCAUCAAGGAUGGAAUUUCUCCCCCAUUCCCAUGCCCCAUAACUAAACAUAAGCUAUUUAGUCUUAUCUAGUAGAUGGGAUAUGCCAUACAUGAAGACAGCCUUCAUCCUCUCGGGGGCGACGGGGGGCAGAGGCUGCAGUAAAAGAAAAUUGGCAAAGCAGAGUAGUACUCUUCACUCUUGGAGGUUGGUUUGGAAUGCUAGGUAGAAAUCUAGGUAGAAUAAGGAUAUACUUCAAAUUAUGGUGAUUCUUUAGUGCCCAAUAACCUAAGACACAGUGUUAUUAUUAGGAAGAGUCUUUCUUACAAGCUAACACAGCAGGUGUAUGCCUGUUAGACAUUAGCCAUGAAGUCCUUUCACUGUUGGGUAAAUUAUUAGGUCUAAAAAAUAAUUACCAACCAGGCAAACUACUUUACUCUCUAACUUAUGUCACCCCCACAUUGAUACAGGUGUUACACAGCUCUGGCUGGCCCAGCAGGGAAGCCAGGUGGGACCAGUAUGUCUGCUAGGAAGGCACUAACUGCAUCCCUGACUGAAGAACAGUCAGGCUAUUUGUCGGGGAGGUCUUCAGCUGAGCUCUCAGCUUAAGGAGGGAAGCACAUGGAAGAAAGAGGGAGGGGAGCCUCCCCUGGCUGGCCAUUCUUGUAUGGAGGGGGAGGAGUGGCAGGUCACACGCACGUGCUGUCCCAGCACCACCCUGUGCCUCCCUGUGGCUGUGACAUUUCAUUCUGCACAGUCCCUAGUCCCAGCUCUCCUCCUAUGGUUUGUGUCAAAUGUGCUUUUUAUCUGACUGACUUCAAACAUUCCGAAAUGUCACAUGCAGAUUUCUCAUGGGAAUGAAUAUGUACGUGUUUGCAAUCAUGUUGUGAGAAGUUAAAUGUGUGAGCUGGAAAAUGCUGUUGGCAGGGAAUAAUAAAUAAGAAAACCUUUCUGUUUCCUGCAGUGGGAACUGACCGUGUAGUCUUAACAGCCUUUUGUACAAAUAUCUAUGAACCAGAUAACUUCCCUAUCCAGUGCUUGCCCUUGGAAUUGUCUCUAAAUACAUCAAGCAUACAAUAAAAGAAAACACUGAAAUUAA